AUGGAUAACUUUAUUCAAAUAAAUAGAAAACGUGUUGAAGACUCAGGAAAGAGUACAAAGGAAACUGUAGAAAAACGAAAAAAAUACAGAAAAUAUGAUGACCAAUAUUUAGAUUUUGGAUUUACUUACGUUAGCAAAGGAAAUGUGGAACUACCCCAAUGUGUUGUUUGUCAUAAGGUGCUGGCAGCUGAAAGUAUGCUUCCUAAUAAAUUGAAACGUCAUUUAGAAACAGUUCACAGUAAUUUACAAGGAAAACCGCGAGAUUUUUUUGCAAGAAAAUUGCGAGAACUGAAACAUCAGUCGACAUCCUUGUUUUCCAGAGCAUCUAUUUCCUCCAAAGCACUGCUCGCCUCUUAUAAGGUCGCUCACCGUAUUGCCAAAUGCAAGAAACCACACACGAUUGCUGAAGAUCUUAUUUUACCUGCAGCGAUUGAUAUGGUAUCAGUAAUGAUUGGAGAAUCGGCGGCUAAAGAAAUAAAAAAUAUUCCUCUUUCUAACAAUACGAUUAGUCGUCGCAUUCAUGACAUAGCUGAAGACAUUAAUGAGCAAAUUGUGGAAAAACUUUCUGGUUUAUAUGCCAUUCAACUGGAUGAAGCGACAGACAGUAAUAACGACGCUCAAUUAAUAUGUUACGUGCGGUACAUGGAAGGAGCAAAUGUAUGUGAGGAUUUGUUAUUUUGCAAAGAAAUGACUGAUACCGGGAAGGCUAGUGAUUUGUUUGCGAUCAUAGAUUCAUACAUGAAAGAAAAUAACAUUCAAUGGGAGAACUGUGUUGGUGUGUGUACAGAUGGAGCUCGCGCGAUGUCAGGGCAAUAUGGAGGACUUCAAGCUCUCAUUAAAACCAAGGCACCAAAUGCAAAAUGGACACAUUGCGUCAUACAUAGGGAGGCCCUGGCUACAAAAAAUAUUUCACCUGAAUUAAAUCUUGUGAUUGAUAUAAUUAUUAAAGUGGUAAACUUUAUAAAAACAAGACCCGUGAAGGCAAGAUUUUUCCGAAAGCUUUGUGAAGAUUUGGGUGCCGAGCAUACAUCUUUACUUUAUUACUGUAACUCUCGUUGGUUGUCGAGAGGUAACGUACUCUCACGUGUAUACGAAUUAAAACAUGAGUUGUACACGUAUUUAUUGAUAGAAUCUCAUCGUGACGCAGAAAAGUUUAAAGAUACUGACUUCUUAAUAAAACUGGCGUAUCUUUGCGACAUAUUUGAGAAAUUAAAUGUCCUUAAUAAAUCGCUGCAGGGAAACGAAACGCAUAUACUGCAACUGGCUGAUAAAAUUGCAGCGUUUAAAAAAAAGUUGCUGUUGUGGAAAAGAAAAAUAGAAGAGGAGCAUGGAAAUACUGACUGUUUUCCUGUUUUAAAUGGCUUUCUGCAAGAAAAAUCUAUUCAAAAUCUGGAGCCAAGUUUGCAAUUGAUAUUUAUCCAACACUUAUCAGCACUAAGCACCCAUUUUGAUACAUAUUUUCCAAAUAAUGUAAAUCAAUACGACUGGAUUAGAGACCCAUUCCAAUCGAUCCCAACCCCAUCUACACUUUCAACAGUCGAGGAAGAACAGCUAUUAGAACUAUCUUGUGAUACGAGUCUAAAACUUCGAUUUGAUAAAGACAAACUAUUUCAAUUUUGGAGCAAUGUCUCUCAAGAAUAUCCUGCUAUCAGUACUACAGCUUUGAAGGUUCUUUUACCGUUUACUACAUCGUACUUGUGUGAAACUGGCUUUUCUGCAGUUGCAGUAAUCAAGUCGAAAUACAGGUCACAAAUAAAUUUAGAAAAAGAAAUGAGAGUAGCGAUUUCAAAACUUCAGCCCCGAUUUGAGAAGUUAUGCUCAGAAAAGCAAGCUCACCCUUCUCAUUAA